AUGGGCAAGAAAAUGAAGCUUCCUUCCCUCCUCCAUAAGAACUCAGCUCCCACCACCAAAACUUCUUCCACUUCCUGGCCGUGGCCCUCCUGCCACCAACCCCGAACCCUCUCCUUUCGAGCCCAGAACGACGCCGCUUUCAAAACCAUCAACGCAGCCUACUUGGACACCCCGGAGAGCUCCCACUCCUUCUUCACAGUCUCCCCUGACUCUGGAAGCUUCUCAACAGCAUCAGAAGAAGAUUCUAGAAGACCUGAUUCUCUUGAGACCCUCAUUCGUCACUUGCCUUCAGAUCGUUUGUUCUUCCACCCUGACCAGACAAGCUCCAUAUUAGAGUCCAAAGCAGGAACUUCAACGCCAAUACCACCAGAAACAACUACGACCACAACAACAGCACUAACUACAACGUUGCCGUUCAAAGACAGCGUGGUCAUGUCCGUGGAGUCUCAGGACCCUUACGUGGACUUCCGCAGGUCCAUGGAGGAGAUGGUGGAGGCGCAGUGCGUUGAGGACUGGGAAGGUCUUCAAGAGCUUUUGUGUUGGUAUUUGAAAGUCAAUGGAAAAAGCAACCAUGGUUAUAUUGUUGGUGCUUUCAUUGAUUUAUUGGUAGCUUUAUCUUCCACGGCCUCUCCUUCUAAUAUUAACACUCAUUCUCCUUCUUCCCCUUUAUCUUUCUAUAGUUCUUCUCUUUCUUCCUCUUGCAGCACUCGCUGUGUUUCCUGUUUGGAAGUUGAGGACGAGGUUGAUAUAGCUACCCCUGGUUCUUCUUUCUUGUUAGAACAAGUUCGGGAAGAUGGAACUUCAUCUUCUGUUUCCUCUUUGAAUUAA